AAAACGGUUAAAAGAAUUUUAAAAAAAAAUUUGUGUUGUUAAAUAACAAAUAUUGAAAUAAGUAUAAGUGUAGAACCAUCACAUUAAUUGAGUAUUUAAAUAAAGUUUCAAGUGUUUUUUUUUUCAAAUUAUUUUUGUUUAAAAAAAAUAAUCAAAUAAAAGUUUAAUAAGCAUGACGACUUGGUACGAAAGCUAUGUACCUCAUUGGGUACAUCGUUGGUGGAGUCCAAGACGUCCUGUAAAUCCUUAUCGCAGCAUACAGCCAGCUGCAACAAAUGCCACCCUAAAUGAUGUUUUGGGUGUAGUUUUUAUUGACUUGUAUUUAGCACAGAAUAACGAUGAACAUCACACUGAUCAUUUCCAUGCGGCUAAAGACUCUUUGAUUGUACGUCGGGGAGAUCCUUUUCGCUUGCGUAUUCAUUUCAAUCGCCCCUUUAAUCCCAACCGUGAUGCUAUCAGUUUUAUAUUCACUGUAGCCGAUGAAAAGAAGCCUAGUCCCGGACAUGGCACUUUGAUAGGCAUAGUGCCAAGAGACGGCAUUGAUUUAUUGGGUGAUCCAUUAGAGUGGGGUGCUGGUAUAGAAGCCCAUGAGGGCAACACAUUGACCGUACUAAUAAAACCCGCAGUUACUUGCCCUGUUACAGAAUGGCGACUUGAUAUUGAUACAAAACUUUUAGGUAACGGUUCAAAAACUUGUAAACUGCCUGCUUCUCUGUAUAUACUUUUUAAUCCUUGGAAUAUGGAUGAUCAAGUUUAUUUAGAAAAUUAUGAUGAACGAAAGGAAUAUGUAAUGCAUGAUACAACUUUAAUUUGGCGUGGUUCUUACAAUCGCUUGCGUCCAUCUAUAUGGAAACUGGGCCAAUUUGAGCGUAAUAUUUUAGAGUGCUCAAUUGCCUUACUUGGUACAGUCGGUCGUAUACCAGCUGCCUAUCGUGGUGAUCCUGUGCGUGUUGCGCGUGCAUUAUCGGCUGCUGUUAAUUCUGUUGAUGAUGAUGGUGUGUUAUUGGGAAAUUGGUCAGAAGAUUUUUCUGGUGGUACGGCACCAACAAAAUGGAUUGGUUCUACUGAAAUUCUACAACAAUUUUAUAAAACACAAAAACCAGUUAAAUUUGCGCAAUGCUGGAACUUUUCUGGUGUAUUGACAACAAUUGCUCGUGCUCUUGGUAUACCAUCGCGAAUUGUAACCUGUUACUCAGCGGCACAUGACACGCAGGCAUCACUGACUGUAGAUAUUUUUAUUGAUAGCAAUAACAAAAAAAUGGAUGCAGAAACUUCUGAUUCUAUUUGGAAUUAUCAUGUCUGGAAUGAAGUUUGGAUGAAACGACCGGAUUUAGGUAUUGGUGAGCAUGGUAGCUAUGAUGGUUGGCAAGCUGUAGAUGCUACGCCACAGGAACAAUCCGAUAAUAUGUAUCGUGUGGGACCAGCAGCUGUAACGGCUGUUAAAAAUGGUGAAAUACUAAGGCAAUAUGAUUGCGGCUUUGUGUUUUCUGAGGUAAAUGCAGAUAAAGUUUAUUGGCGUUAUAAUGGACCUUAUCAGCCAAUAAAAAUGUUGCGCAAAGAUACUUUAGCCAUUGGUCAUUUAAUAAGUACCAAAUCUGUGUUAAAAUGGGACCGUGUAGAUAUCACCGAUACUUAUAAGUAUGAAGAAAAAUCUGACGAGGAAAGAAAUAUAAUGUUGAAGGCACUUAAACAAGCCCGACAUGCAUUUAGUCGUUACUAUUUGAACGAUAGCUUUAAUGAGGUUGAAUUUGAUAUGCAAUUAAAGGAUGAUAUAAAAAUUGGAGAAAGUUUCACUGUUGUGCUUAAAGUCAGUAAUAAAUCCAAAGAGAAGACACAUUUUGCUAGUGGACAGUUAAAUUGUGAUACGGUACUUUAUACUGGUCUUAAUGCGGGCGAAGUUAAGACAAUGGGUUUCGAACUGGAACUUAAACCGGAAUCCGAAGAAUAUGUACGCAUGGAAGUAAUUUUCGAAGAAUACUUCAAUAAACUAUUGUCACAAAGUGCCUUUAAUAUAUCAUGCGCAGCACGUGUCAAGGGUACCGAAUUCGAAUAUUAUGCGCAAGACGAUUUUCGUGUACGUAAGCCAGACAUAAAAUUCGUUUUUCAGGGAAAAAUAGUGUCACAUAAAUCUGUUGACGUUAUUAUACGUUUAACAAAUCCUCUACCCAUACCACUAAAAAAAGGUAUUUUCUAUGUGGAAGGACCUGGUAUUGAGAAACCUUUACGGUUUAAGAUUGCUGAAAUUCCAGUCAGUGGAAUAGCAGCUUCAACUUUUAAAUAUGUACCACCCUACGCCGGUCGCGGCACACUUUUAGCAAAAUUUUCUUCAAAGGAACUAGAUGAUGUGGAUGGCUAUAUACAUUAUGAAGUUGCACCGAGAUCAGAGGAUAUUAUUAGCAAUGGAGCCAGUAAUGACAACACAACUACUAUCCUGCAUGAAACAAUAGAUGUUACAGCUUAAGUAACUUGUAGAUAGGUUUCAGAUCGAAUUUUGCGCACAUAUUCACGAAUUAGUUAUCAACUAAAUUAGCUAUUAAAUAU